CAUCUUUGCUAUAAAAUCCUCUAUUAUUAUUAAAAAAGUCUCAGACACCUGUCUAGACAUUCAGUGCUACUACUGCAAGAAGAAAGACCAUAUUGCAAAAAACUACUCUGUGAAGCAGAAGUCUCAACAGAUGAUUACUGAGCUCACAAAAAGUGAUGCUCUUGAGUCUUUA